CCUCCAUUCCCAGCUCUCUCGCGCGCUCUCCUUCGCUCAUCGUCGCUAACACAAGAUCAUGCAGACGCCCACCACACGCAAGCUCGCCAUGGAGGAGACCACCGGCCACGGCGGCCACGGCGACCACGACGCGCGGCUGAUCCGCGACCUCUGCACGCUGCUCGUCACCAUCAUCGCCCCCGUCGCGGCGGCGUCGGCUCCGCCGGACACGCGCAGGCCCGUUGCCCCCGGGCGCCCGCUGGGCGGCAUGUCGCCGGCGGCCGCGGCCUCGAUGCUCCUCGGCGCGUCCAUGGCGCUCAUGCUCUGCGGCUCGGUCACCUUCGCCAUCGGCUUCCUCCUCAUGCCCUGGGUCGCCGGCGUCGCCCUGCUCUUCGGCUUCGCGGGCGUCGUCUCCACCCUCUCCUCCGGCCUCCUCCCCUCCCCCUCCACUAAGCUGCAACCGCUGUCUGCGCCCCCGCCGCCGACGCAAGGCCGGAUCCGCCCGUCUCCGGUCAGCCCUCGCCCUGCUACGGAUAAGCUCGUGGCGUGGCGCUGAUCUGGUCACUGAAUCCACUACGGAGCUAGUACUUAAUUAGUUUUUAUUACUUGCUCUUUCUUUAGGCCGGGUUAUCCAUCCCCGUGUGAAAAAUUGCUCCGCCUUUUUGUUGUUGUAAUGUUUCAUUCGCUCAAAAAAGUCGCAACAGAUACUGAUUAGGAGAUCGAGUACUACCGACGGAAGCAAACGAUUGCGAUUUGUU